AGAGCAUAUGCACCAAGACAAAUUCCUUGUGUGUCCAAUCACACUUGGCCAAUAAAAUUCUAUUCUAUUCUAAGACAAAUUCCUUCUGUGUCCAAUCACACUUGGCCAAUAAAAAAUUCUAUUCUAUUCUAUUCUAUUCUUACAAGGAGCAAAUAUAUGGAGCACUUGUGGGCAAUCUCCAGUCCUCUCCUUUGUCCAGAAGGUUUGAAGAGCCAGUCUACUCAUCGGCUUUUUGUACUCCGUGGUUGUCAGAUCUGCUUUUUCUUGGAAUUGUCUUCAGUUCAUCAUUCUUUUUCUGGGAGUCUCAAUAUUCUUAAGAGAAUAUUAUAACAAAUCACUGGCUCCUGAUAGUGAACUCUUAAGCGUUUUUAGCUCAAGUGUGAAAUUGCUCACCAUCUAACAAAAGAUGAUCACCCACUGUUCAAAUCAGGGUUAGUGCAAGAAAUUAGAAGGGUUUCUGAUAUGACACCAAUUUUUAAAAAGGGAUCCAGGGCUGAUCAGGAAAAUAACAGGUCUGUCAUCUUGGUGUAUAAUUGUCCAUGACAUCUUUGCACUGUAGUUGGAAUUGAAUCUCACUCACACGGAGACAGAGAAUGCUUCACAACUACCCAAUUUUGGCACCUCCACCUCCACCUCCACCUUCACCACAGCCCCUGGCUCCUGCUGAAGGCGGGAGCGACCUGUGCACCUUUGUGUCAGCUGCAACUUCCCAUGUGAUGCAUGCUCUGCAGAAGCCAUGCAAGAGCCGACCUACUAAGCGGAAAGUGAAUCUCCGGCGGUUCCUCCAAAACCAGAUAUGCAGAAGCUUUUCUGACAUUGAAGCUGCUACUCACAGCUUGGCUUCCUCCAUCCUUUCUCAAGAAGCUCUGGAACUGCCUACGGUAUCCCAGCAAAAGACCCCUCUGAAGACCCCCUCAUCCCAGCCAGUCCAGGCUCCUCCUGUCUCUUUUUCAGGCAUAGCAGAAGCUUUUGCAGCUCCAGACCCCAGCCCUGGUUGGUGCCUCUCCCUUGAGACUCUCGCAUCAGAGCCUGAUGAAUUUUUCGAACCCAUUGCCAAGGAGAACUUGCUUGGCCUUGAUGCAUUUGGUUCAAACCAGCUGGGAUAUAAUACAUACCCCGAUUCACAGUCCUGUGUACUUUUAACAGCCUGUGGAAACCUUAUGGAGCCCACUCCAAUCUGCUCUUCAAUGUCUCAUCUCUGCUGCCACUCCAAAGGCAACUUCAGCUUCUGCCUAUGACAUCUACAUGCCCUUCUGAGAUGUGGACAUAGGAUGGUUUCCACAUGUACCACUCUUUGCU